CCUAUAUACCUAUUUGAUGUACACUGACAGACGCUCGAUACAAGGUCAGCUUCAGCUUUAAAUUAGGUAGGUACCCUUUCCCAUUUUGGCUAUGCUCAGCUCGAAGCACCCCAAUAUAUCUCCUUGAAUGGGGUUUUAUAUCUACUCUACAUGUUCUACGUACCUCCUAGGUAUGUAAGUAAGAAAGAUGAAUCUGUCACCUUGACUGCCGUGCUUUCGACGACUCUUCAGAAGCAAGACUUAGCUAGAAUGAGCUACCGGAACAGCUCAAUACGUGGAAAUACUUAUCUAUCAAUGAUGUGCAGGCAGCUUGGAUUACGUGGUACACCUGGCGCCACUUGAUGUGGUGCAGGUGAUGUGAAUGAGUGGUGGUUUUGAAGUCAACAAGGAGCCAUCCCCGCUCUUUACUGACGCAAUGUGUGCCACUAAAACCAGUACUUUCUAGGUACCUUUAAUCGCCUGGACUCAGUGGCGGUACAAGCUAGUACCCUCAAAGUACCUUUCCAAGUCCUCAUGUUGCUCGUGGGCACAACAAUAAAAGCCUUGGGAGGGAGCAUCAUCGGACUGCCAACUAGGGCAAUCAAGGAAAUAGGGCCUCCACGACUUCAAAAUAUUCAAAUAUCAUUCCGUAUUUUAUGUUCGGGUUGUUUUCAGCCAUCGUACCGGAUAUAUAACCCUGGCAGCCAUUUCCCAGCCACCUUCGCAGCGUCGCGAAUAAACACACCGCACGACCUGUUCUCGCAGUUUCCCUCACACCUUGUAUCAUCUAAAUUCGAAUCAGCCUCAUGGAAUUCCGGUUGCAGAAGUCGCCAAACUCGAUACGCCGAUUCCAUACCAGACAAAAGACCUGAUCUCCAGCCUAUAUACUAUUUGUGCGAUUAUCAUCCGAGUUUUGCUUCUUCGCACACAAUCGAUAUGCGCGAUCUUAGAAAAAAGAUCUUGCUCGAGAGCGGCAAGACCGUCUCUCGAAAAGCACGUUCCCGACCAGAUUCUCUCGGCGCAUCGCCCAUCGCCUCUCCGGCCGCCUCUCGCACUGCUUCUAGGGUCAAUAGUCGAUAUGCGUCCGAGGAAGAAGAUAUCUCAGAUUCCGAAUACGAAGACAGCCUAACUAACUCGGUGGCUAACUCCGACGAUGGCAACGAGCCUAUAGCUAGCUGGACUGAUAGGCUAGCCGAUCGCAUAGCCGAGCUUCUAGAUCGUAAGCGAAGUAGUGCUAAAGGUCGCGAGCACUGCUUGUCUGCCUACACGCAUAUAAUACGGCACCAUUACGCCGACGAGCAGCUUCAGCCUCAACUCAACGAGCUCAUCCCAGCUAUCCUCAAGAGCGUCCGCAGCGGCAGCAAUACGGAUGAGACCCUAUCAGCCGUCAAGGCCUUGACGAUGACCAUCUUAACCACUCAAGCCGAGUCCUUUUACGAUCACAUGUAUCCAAGCUUGAAGGGGCUAUGCCAAGAUUCGGACGAGGCCGCUAUCAAAGUUGAAGCUAUUGAAGCCAUGAGUAUCGCAACAAUGUGUGGUGGCGGCUCUAUGGUCGCUGCAGAGGAGCUUCUGGAUUUUCUACUCGAAAUUGUCGAGAGCGAUGGACAUAGUGUUGAAGCUGGUGAUAACGGGCCAGUGGUUUCCGCAGCUCUGAAAGCUUGGGGCUUUGUUGCUAGCAACCUCGACGAUCUCCAAGAACAGAGCGACCAAGCCCUAGAAGCCUUCACGGAACAGCUCGACAGCACCGAUGUCGACGUCCAGGUUUCCGCUGGAACAAAUAUUGCCUUGAUCUUUGAAUCCGUUCGAGAGUAUGAAGAUGAGACAGAGGAGGCCUCAGAUCUUCAGUAUGACCAACACAAGCUCAUGCAACGCAUGACAGCUCUUGUUCGAGAGUCAUCGAAAGCCGUGUCUAAGAAAGACCGGAAGCACCUCCACGCCAGCUUUAAUAGUGUCCUAACUUCUCUUGAGCAUGGAAAGGGGCCAGGAUACUCGACCGCACGACGUAUGGCUAGUAAUCCUCAUACAGGUGGCACCAAAAUGGAUUUUGGCGAGGAAUACAGAGAAUACGGAUAUCGCGAGAAGAUUCGGAUUCACAAUAUCAGCAUGAUUAUUGAUACUUGGUCGCUCUCGACAAGAGUUGAGAUGCUACGUUCGGUGUUGGGAGCUGGUCUGGCCAUUCACUACCUGGAGAAUCCAGCAAUUAAAGAUAUCCUAAGCGCGGCACAAGUCGAAUUCGUAUCCACCCCAGGGAAGGGUGGUCGUGGCGACGAGUAUCUAUCUUCACCAAGGAAGAAUCGAGGGGGGAAGGCUAGCAAAGGAGCAGGCUUCUAAACGCGGGCUUUUUUUUUUUUUUUUUUUU